ACGAGGUUUGCGGUUCUUCUCCAAUAUUGUUUGCUACGAAUAUUUCGUGUUGUUGUGGGUGACACUAAAGUUAGCCGACUAGCUGUGCGGAGUGAGGCGUGCUAAAGCAGCGCAUGGUAGGUGUGGUGUCUGUGUCUGUGAAUGUUAGUGAACGCCUGCGUGCCCUUGUACACAGUGUACUAGUGAGUUCUACCCGACUUUCUCGCUGUGAGGGACGGUGCUUUUACUGAAAGGACUUUUGAGAACAGUAAGCCAGCGGUGCAUGUACCCCAGAGCCUGACACCUCUCUUCAAUGGCUGCCUCUGGCCCCUCCACCACUGUGCCUGAAGGGUUCCACUAUGAGACCAAGUAUGUCCUCCUCAGUUACUUCAGCCUGCCCCCAUCCUCACUGUCAAGACCUGCAGAAGCACCAGCUGGACAGACUGCACAGGAAAAAGAUGUGGAUAAGACCAGCAAGAUGAAGCAGCAGAUUGAGGAGGAGCUUAAGCAGCUAGAGGAGGAGAUCAGUGCUUCUUUUCCCAGGACAGGUUUUGAUCGACACACGUCUCCGGUGUUCAGUCCAGCUAAUCCAGAAAGCGCUAUAGAGGACAGUCUAGCUGUGUUGGGGGACCGCGUCACACGAGACCUGGACGCACACCUGGCUUCAGCAGUGCAGGCACUUCUCUGUGGCCAGCUGGACUAUGAAGGUUUCCGAGCUGCAGUGCAGGAGGUGUCCUCCCAUUCUCAAGGAGGAUGGAGCAAGGUGUUGGUCCCUUUAGUCUUGUUACAGGCUUUGCAGGCUGAGGGGCAGCCACUGGCCUCUCUGCUGGCCCUGGGUGUACGUUACCUCGAGGAGGUAGAGGCAGAUUUCAUCAUCCAACAGGGUGGAUGGAGUGCAGUGUUUAGCCUGGAGGAUGUGGAGGACCCUGGAGUGAUCAUCGCUGAAGACAGUAACGAUAUCUACAUUCUGUCAGGGGAGCGGGCCCCAGAUCCACUGAGCCCCCCUGAGUCACUCCUGACGGUGGCAGACAGCAGUGGGCCAGGCUCCUGGCAGACGGAGAGCCUGCCUGUGUCUCUGACCGGUCACGAGUCCUGGGCUCAGGUGGGUGUCAUGGACCCCGAGGAUGCCAAAAGCCUAGAUAGCGCCGAGGGCGUGGCCUCGGCUGAGGAGCGCAGUGAGAACAACUCCUCCAACUCGGACAUCGUGCAUGUGGAACGCGAGGAGGCAGAGCUUCUGGAGGAGGGCAGGGAGCCCACGGAGGAGGGAGAGCUGCAGGAGAGCAUGCUGAGCGUGCUGGGCAGCGAGAGUGAGCUGGCAGCUCUGAGAGCGGAGCUUAGGGAAGACGCUCCGCCUCCAGCUACUGUGCACGAGCUGAUGGAGCCUCCAGAAGAAUCGAUUGUCAUCAUGGAGCCGCCUGCUAGCCUAGGUGCUUCAGCUCCCGUAGUUGCUCUAGAGCCAGAAUCUCCAGCCCCUCUAGCUUCUCCUGCCGCUGCUGCCCCCCCAGUGCCUGAUCCUGAACCUGAGCCCCAUCCAGCUCAGCCAGAACCUGUUCUAGCUCCAGUGGAGCCACAGCUUCCAAGCCCAUUUAAAGAGCCUCCCCCUGCCACUGCUGCUGAGCCAGAAGCUGAACCUGAGCCACAGCCUGAACCUGUCCAAGCACCUCCAGAGCAGGAGCCACCAGCAUUGGAGCCACAGGUGGUGCAAGAGGUGCAGGCGGUGCAGGCGGCCCCUGCUCCAGCCCAGGAGCCGCCUGUCUUACCCCCGGCUGCGGCCCCGGUGCAGACAGAGCCAGGCCCCUCUGAGCUCCCCGUGCUGCUGUACGGUGGUGCCGCCCUGGUGGCCAUCGCUGCGUUAGUUGCUUAUGGUGCACUGGCUUACAGGAAGAAGUAGCAAGAACCUGCUCAUGACCUCACCUUCCCACGACCCCACUAUCAGGAAACCCGGGCCACUGUGCUGCCGAAAGCUGCUGACCACUGUGAAAAAGAUAUGCCUCUACUCUGCCUCAUGCCAUUUUGUUUGCCAUUUUCAUCUCAUCCUUUUUUGUAACCUUUUAUGCAUCCUGCUACUCUGUUUCGUAGUACCACUGUAACACUCUGCCUCUUCCAAUUUUAUGUUCAUUUCACUCGCUUAGUUUGACUGUGGCCUAGGUUUUCAAUUCUGCAAGGCUAACAACUGGGGAAUGUAUUUGAGUCAUUUUUGAUGUUUUCACUUUCUGUUUUAAGACGCAGGCAAGGGGAGUGAGAUUCAUUUUGUGUUUUCAAAGCAAGUUAUGAUUUGCCAAGUGAGAAUGGUGCACAGCACAGAUUGGUUCUACGAUUUUGACUGAUUAAUGAAGCUGAAAUAUUUAGGCUUAGUUUUAAGCAACCUGUGCCUGUUUGAUCAAGUGCAUGACUGAUUUUACUUGGAAUAUCUGAAUGAAAUAUUAAAUGGUUAAAUGCUAUGGGUUAGUAUCCCAUUAGUGAUGGUGCUUCACUCAGUUUCUCACAGCACUUAGUUGAGAUGGCUUCAGAGUCCUGGACCCUUACAUUGAAUAUGCUUCAAUAUACAUAAGUACAGAGAAGAGUGGACAAGCUGGGCUGCCCAAUGACUCAAUGUGUUCUGUUAAAUAAGUAAUCAAAUUUGUAUGAGUUUGAGUAGCCUGCCUCCAUUGGUUUAUGCAUAUUACUUUCAGUUGUCAUUAAGUUCCCCCUUGUAAAUACCAUCAACAGAAGCUCCAGACCACAUCACGAGACGAAAAAAACACCCUCUUUGUUUUUCCCUGUAUCAUUUUUUUGGUUGAUUUCAAAAGAUUGCCAUUAGGUACUCUUUUGAGGUAGUAUAUAAAGCUUUUUUUAAUACAGAUGAGAGAUGGGUCUCUGGUACUAUUUGUUAAUCUUGAGUGAUGUGACCACGUUCUUUAGUAAAACAGAUGGAGCAGACCGGCUGAAAUUUCUAUUUGUGAUGCAGGGGGUACCUGUGGUUUUUCAGGUUACUCUGAGGGUUGUGACAUCUUGUAUUGGUAAUGCAGGCAAGGGAGGUGGAAUAUUUAAGUAUUUUAAAUAUGAAUGCUGCUUUUUGUCUGUUGGCUCUCAUAUUCUUAUCGGUAUUAUUUUUUUGCAUGACAAUAAUCCAACUUUGUGAUGCAGGUCCCUUUUGUUAAUGUGGCAAGUCAUAAAUCACAAACCUUACAUUCUAAAUUAGUCAUAUCACCUAUUGAAGUCAGACUGAGGAAGUCCUGUUUUGCCCUUGUUUAGUACUGCUUUGCUUUGUCUGUGGUGCAUUGUUUAAAUUCAUGACAGCUGCCUCUGUUCAGCCUCCCAAGCUACCUGAUUCACGCCUCACCUGCAGCUUGUGCUGUGUGCUCUGUUUUAUAGUGUACAGGGCUCAUGCAGUGCAGCACCUCACCAUUUCCCCUUGUGUGCCUAGUCCACAGGGACCUUGGGGACAACCAUUAGAAGUUUAGAGCAGAUAUCUAAUGGAAGAAACAGACACCCUGCCUUGGGAAAAUUAUAUAUUUUUGAAGUGGGGAAGACCACACUAUAGUGAAUGGAAUGUGUACCCUUAAACGGAAAUGUUAAGAACCUUGCCUUCCAUUUGUGUUUUUAACUUUUUUUAAUGACGUGUACAGCAGCACACCAACUCUUGUGAAUGUAGGCUUAGUUACCUUAUUUCUCUAAACUGUAGAAUUUAGUUACCAUUAAGGAACUGGUACAUGGAUACAUAGGUUCUCCCAACCCAGUCUCCAAGUCGGUCUUUUUCACCUUCACUACAGUAAUCAUGAAGACUAGAAAUGAGGCAGUAAAUGGAUGAACUAACGAAACUCAUCUUGUUUGUUACAUCUGCGUUCACAUCGCAAGGGAUCUUAAAUGUACAACAGAAAACAAAAGCCACCAGCAAAACUGUAAUGUUAGGUUUAAGUGAAUAGCUUUGUUUGUGAGUGCUGGAACUUGAGCCACUGCAGUCCUGGUCUACUUCAGUGUUGAUGGAUUUGUUGCUCAUAAAUCUUUCCAGAGUCUCCUUUAGCUAAACAACAGUUUUGGAGAGCAACUUGACAUAUCAUGUUUGUUAAAAUUAUCAAACAAAUAAAGUCAAAGAAUUUGU